AUGAUUCAUUUACAAAAUGUAGAAUUUUCAUAUCCAAACACUUCUGAAGUGUAUCAAUUCACCCUAAAGUGCUUGUCUAAAAGCUGUACCGUUAUCCAAGGAAAAAGUGGCUCUGGUAAAAGCACUCUUCUUUCUCUGAUCAGUGGCUUUCUCAAACCAAACACGGGAAAAAUUACUCUGAAAGAAGAAAACAAAACCAAUGCUCCAAUCCACGAACGACCAGUGAGCUCCCUUUUCCAAAAUCAUAAUACAUUCCCACAGCUUUCUGUUUUUGAAAAUGUUGCUUUAGGGAUCACCUCCAAAAGAACACUUACAAAAGAACAGACCCACCAGAUCAACACUAUUUUGGAACAAGUUGGACUUUUGAAGCAUACAAAUAAAAAACCCAACGCACUUUCUGGUGGUGAGCUUCAACGGGUUGGGUUGGCACGAUGCCUCUUGAUGCGUCGUCCUAUCCUCUUAAUGGACGAGCCCUUUUCCGCCCUUGAUGAAGAAACCGAAGAAGAGCUAGUUACCCUAAUCCAGCACAUUCAUCGUGACUUUCAGCUUACUUUAGUCAUCGCUGCGCACCGAACAAACCUUUUAGAGAGACUAUCCCCGACACGUUACAAAAUUGAUUCUGGCAAACUCUAUAAGGUUUAA